AGGUGGCAGGAAGUCAGCCGUGUUACUCGCUUAGCUGUUCAUUCGCUAUCAGCUUUCUUAACUCAAGCUUUCGUGGUGAAUAUCAUCGUAAAGUAUCAGAGAGCGGAACCAAAAAGAAGGAGGCCUUGUAACGUAAGACAGUAGUCAGCUAGAAGGUAUUCAAAGUCGUGAGUGAUUUUAGUUCAAGCAUGCGAGCAAAAUUACUCGAAUACUGUUACAAAGGAUAAAUGAAUUUUCUUCAAAAAUUGUAUCGAGCGUUGCUCUUAUUUUAGAAGGCUGACAUACAUUUGCAUUCAGUUUAUUUAUAACGACGUGCUAUUCCUAGUUUAACUGAAACGUCAUGUCACGGCGGGCUAGUUAUGAAACAGGAUCCAGCGCUUUGGCAGAGUAUUCAGUGUUCAUCCUGUUUUGAUUCGCAGAGGAAAAUACCAUAUCUAUCAGAGAGUUGAUUGAAGUUUUUCCACUGGUAACCAACCUUACAACAUAGAAAUGACUCAAGUCUGGACCAUAGUUGUUCUUACCUUCUUGAGCGCAAUCUUUGUUCGCUGUGAAAAUAACCUCACUCAAGGGCAUUCUAAUGCAAGCUGCAUUCCAGCAUUUCCUCCGGUGAGUGCCUCCGCAAGAAACGCUUCUUGUAUAUUUUACGAGUAUAAAGGCGAAUUCUGUAAAAAUAUAACCAGUAGUCUAUACGUUUAUGGUGAUCAGUCCACAUUGGAUACUGGUGAAAGGGAAGCUGUGAACUUUAAGGGUUAUUUCGACGCUCUUGAGAUCACACCGGAGUGCAGGAUCCCAUUUAAAGACUUGUUCUGUGUCUAUGGUUUCCCUAAUUGUGAUGAAUCAUUGGUGCAGCCUAAAGAACGCCCUAUUUGUCGCAGCUCAUGCGAAUAUUUGCAAGUCGUCUGCAAAAGGGAAAUGGCCUUAAUCAGAGAUAUACCGAUCUUUCAACGCUACGUAGACUUGGCAAAUUGCUCGAGCUCUAAAUUUGCUUCUGCUAAUGGUGGCGAUGCUCCUGAGUGCUAUCAAUGGUACGAUCUUCCUGGUGAUGACACUGAAAGUACAGAUUGUUUCCACGGUGUGGGAUUUGGUUACCGUGGCAACAUGAACGUCACUCGGUCUGGUCGUACAUGUCAGUCGUGGAAAUCUCAGUGUCCUCAUCGUCACUGGCGGAUUCCUGAAGAUGUCGCUAAUUCCAAAAAUGACUCGAACACGUGUCGUAACCCGGACAGCAGUGCCCCGGAUGGACCAUGGUGUUAUACCGCUGACCCAAAUGUUCGAUGGGAAUAUUGCAACGUAUCUCGAUGUCCCUCUAGAGUUCCAGAAGAGGCUCCCACUUUCCUUAAAGGCCAUCCUCUCAAUUCAACAGCCAUUUUAAUCUCUUGGAAGAACAUACCUCCUUCUCGUUAUGAAGAAAAACUGUUGGGUUAUCGGAUUCAAUACCGGAGCAAAGGGUCCGAGCUCUAUGAUGAAGCAAACACAACGAGUAACUUGACUCAAGAUGUUAUUACAAAGCUCCGUUCAAACACAGCGUACGAGAUUAUGGUCAAUGGGUUCAAUGAAAUUGGCCACGGGCGAACUAGCAUGGUCCUUGUUGUAAAAACUCUGUCUUCUGGUGAAGAAAUAUUAGAGGUAGACUUCCAGCUGAUCAUAGAUUCUGAUUUUAGCAGGGAUCUGCUUAACAGUAGCAGUAAAAGGUUCUUGGAAAUGGCUGAACUCAUUAGAAUUUCAAUAAAACACCACUUCAACGAAUCUUCUAUGUUGAAGAUAUAUAACGUCAUAACUAUACAUUUUAGAAAUGGCAGCCUGAGGGCAGACAUUAAAGUCCUUGCAACAAUAAAUACGAACACAACCGACAAAGAUGAUGCUCUUAAUCAUUUGAUAGGAGGGGUGCGUUCGUCGUUUGGAGAUUGGCUUAAAGUUACUUCUAUACGGGUUCAGGAAACACCGAGGUCUCCUAAAAGUUUCUCCGUAAAGAAUGCACAGAAAAAAUAUCUUAUUUUGACAUGGGAGGAGCCAGAGUAUGGCAGCAUAUACCAGAUACACAACUACACUAUAGAGCGAAAGAUAUCAAGACUGAAGAACUUUACCGCAGUUUGGACAAUUCCUUACCCUGAGACCAGAAUGAUUAUGGAGAACUUAGAUCCGUCCACAGAAUACACCAUCAGAUUAUCAAGCAACAAUAUGUAUGGAAGGUCAGAGGGUGUAUUGUUAACACAAAAGACACUGCCAGACAGAUUCAUCAGAGAUUUGAUGUUGGUUAUAGUCUUGCCCUUGUUCUUAGCUGCUGUAUUUAUAUUGGCUGUUUGCUUAAAGUUUCGGCCAAUAUGUAAAUCAAAACAGAAGAGAGAAGAGUUAUCCAGUGAUCUAAUGUUUGAAAGAGUAAUUCGCUGUUACAUGAACGUUGGAGGCUGGGCGGAAAUUCCCAGAUCAGAUGUUACGCUCCAAGACAAGCUGGGAGAAGGUGCAUUUGGGGAAGUGUACAAAGGCUUGGUGCGCAUGGGAGAACUAGUGAGAGCAUGCGCAGUAAAAAAACUUCAAGAAAAUGCUACAGAAACAGAGAGACGGGACCUGAUUAACGAGCUUGCAGUCAUGGUCACAGUUGGUGAACAUCCUAAUGUCUUAAGUCUUAUCGGAGCUUGUACCAAGACUGAGCCAGUAUUGGUGAUUGUCACUUUGGCCCCGAAUGGCUGUUUGUUGGACCAACUGAAAAAGAGGAGCGAAAAUCCAUAUUACAAUGUUCGGAAAGAGGCAAUGAAGUUCACGCCCCAAGACAAAAUGAAGAUCGCAAGAGAUGUAGCUUGUGGAAUGCUUCACCUGGCCAGCAAAAAGUGUGUUCAUCGUGACCUUGCAGCGAGAAACGUGCUUCUUGGCGAGGAAAAUCUUGCCAUGGUUUCCGACUUCGGCCUGUCACGUGAUGUUUAUGAAAGUGGUGAAUACGAAAGUACAUCUGGGGGAAUGUUACCUGUUCGCUGGAUGGCUCUUGAGUCUUUGGAGGAUUACACGUACAAUACUAAAACAGAUGUGUAAGUUAACUCUGUAAGGAAUUCUGAGGGAAAGUUAAAAUUGUAAAGCUACUUGCUAUUCGCGAAUAGGGGUCCUAAUAACUGAUUAAGUUUGAAGCUAUUUUAUCGUCUCUGAGUGUUUUCCAUUGAAAUUAAGCAGCAGAUACUUCCCUCGUCAUGAUAAUGAAACUCUAAGAACAAGUGGGGUACUCUUGGCAUACUGAUGCACUUUUGUAAUGUUAAGAUAUAGCUCAGAUGCUAUAUCAAAUUCAUGCUUUCCUUUAUAUACUAGUUAUAUCGAGAUGUAGCUAGUGAUAAUGGUGAGCUUAUGGCGUUAUUGCAAUUUGGAAUUAUAAUUCCGUAAGAAAUCAUUUUGUUUUUAUUGUAAAAUGACCUAAUAGUGCUGUUUUGCGACAGAUGGUCCUUUGGAGUGUUAUUAUGGGAGAUUGAAUCUGGAGGUAAAAUGCCGUAUUCUGGUCUUGGCGGAAUGGAAAUAAUAGAAUUUCUGAAAGCAGGA